GCCACAAGAAUCCUCGCUUCAACCUCCUUUUCUUCUUUAAUCUCAGACGACCGACCAGAACUUCAGCUCCCCGCCGUGGAAUUGUGCUCGCCGCUCUCUUCUUAGCCUCAACUCAACCACUCUAGUUGUUCAUCAGGUAGCCACUUUAUUCUCACUUGUGCUGAAAAUGGAAGGCCAUCUCCAAAAGUCUCCCAACCUAAGGCAUCCUGCUUUUUAUUCUGAUAAAAAGUAGUAUGUUUCUGGUCUCAGUACCUUUAUGGUUGCUAUGAUACAGGAAACUAAAGAUAAGAUGCAGGAAACCAAAGUUAGUUUACAGGAAACUGAUGAUAGAAUUUCUCAGAUAGAAUACAUCUUCUGGUGUCAACUGUUUCCCAAGUUUCAACUGGAUACUCAUAGUCUUGAGAUGAAAUAUUCGGAAGCGAGGGAAGCUGCAGAAGAUGCAUACAAAGAAAAGGAAAAAGACCUGCUACUCCAGAUUGAGAAGCUUCAGAAAGAAAAUCAAACGAAAUCCUCUUUGAUUCUGCAGAAAGAAAACCAAUUGAAUGAGUAUGAAGAGAAAACAGAUAAACUCAACCGCAAACUUGAAGAAAAGAAGAGUAAAAGUAAUGAGCUGCUGUUGGAACUCGGAGAGAAGACCGAAGAAGUUGAAAAGGGGAAGGAAUUGCAAGGAAAUUUGCUUAAGAAGAUUGAAACUCUAGCUGCAGAAAUAAUGGAUAAUGAACAAGUAUUUAAUAACAAAGAGAAGGAGAAUAGGCUUCUUGCAUCAAAAGUAACGUGUUUGGUUAAUCGUGCUGAUGAGUUGCAAAAGGAACUUGGACUAAAGACUGCUGAACUCGAUAAGGUUAGAAAAGUGCAAGAUCAGUUAGUCCGGCAAAAUGAUUCUUCUAAUCUUGAAAUAGUCAAGAGAGGGCAAGCGUUGGAAGGGCUUCAGAUGGAGAAGAAAAGGCUUCUGGAUAAACAGAAAGGCUUAGAAGACGGAGUUGAUAAGGUUCAGCAACGUCUCUCCAAGAGAGCAAUGGAGACUUCUGAAGGGAUGGAGCUGCAUGCGAAGUUGUUGCAACAGGUUGAAGCAAGAGAUUCUGAAAUGCGUUCUGAAAAGAGGAAAAUGAGAGAUGCUAAUGUUGCACGUAAGAAUCUGAAGUCUCGGAACAGUUGUCUCCUCAAAAAAUUUAACAUUAGUGAAGAAACUAUGCCUCCUCUUGAAGGUGAAAAUGAAGUAAUGCGACACAAUAAGACGGCAGUCCCAUCAUAUGUGGGUGAGCAAGAAGUGUUAGAGGACAAAAAGGAGGCUGUACUGGUUCAGAGGACCGGUCCUGCCUCGCUUACAAAACACCCGCGUAGUUCAAAACCCUGUCCUGUCCUUCAGCUGGGAUGAAACGCCCGCAUUCUCAUUGGAGGAACACAAAAUCCCAUCAGAGCCGUGAAGGCGGUUUGUCCAGAUUCUACUAAAUCCAGUGUGGUUAUUGAUGACUCUGAUGAUCAAACACAGGACCUUAAAGCUGAUGCUAAGCCAAAUAAGGCUGUAACAUCAGGUUUUAAGUACGUGGAACCAAUACGAAACAAAUCUGACCGCGAAAAUCUGAAAGGUUUUGAAUGCAAACAAUGCAAGAAAUUCUUUGAUGCUGUUCUCCCUGGUGCUGGUGAAACCUGUUGGAAAUAUUGUA